AUGAAGCUGCCUCUGAUUGCUCUCGCUGCCUUGCUGACAGGGGCUCACGCUGCCCCUGUUUUGAAUAACGCGGCAGUUGCUCCCCGUAAAGGCGAUUGGCAGGACAAAGACAAUGAAGCGCUGUACCGUCUUGAAUACCCAGACUACCGUGAUGAUAAGUUCAGAGUGCCUCAGGCGGAGGAACAAUACUCCAACGACCUUGAUCAAUUCUUGGAGGCGUUGCGUGAGUAUUAUUACAAACAGGCCGUGAAGGACAGCAAGAAGACUCCCAAGAAGAGGGUCAAGCAGGCUCCUGCAACUGUCUUGAAGGCUAUGCUAAAGGACGAGAACACCAAAAAGAACACCCCUCUUCGAAAGAAACUUGCUGAGAAGGCGGCCCCCAAGAAGACUAUUCCUGUUCCAAAGGCAUCGUCUGGGAAGCCUAUCGCCGUACAGAAGCAAGCUCCUGAAGAGCUGCCCGCCAAGGAGCCCUCACCCGCCAAGAUGCCCGUCGUCAAGAAGCCCGCCAUCAAGAAGCCUGCCGUCAAGAAGCCCGCACCCGCCAAGAAGCCCGCACCCGCUCAGAAGGAAGCUCCCGAGGGGGAGACCCUCAAUCGUCCUGCCCAGAACGAUCGUACUAAGAAGGACACAUCUACUGAGAAGGAUGCCUCUACUGAGAAGGAAACUCCUGCCAAGAAGGAAACUCCUGCCAAGAAGGAAACUCCUGCCAAGAAGGAAACUCCUGCCAAGAAGGAAACUCCUGCCAAGAAGGAAACUCCUGCCAAGAAGGAAACUCCUGCCAAGAAGGAAACUCCUGCCAAGAAGGAAACUCCAGCUGAGAAGGAGACUCCGCUUAAGAAGCGCUACUUAUUAUUUCCGGGCUUCACGGACGCCAUGAUGAAUGGCCUUUUGGGGGCGUACAGACCAAAAGAGCGUGUAAACGAAACAGCUCUUCCAAACUAA